UGUCUCUUGGGUUGAACUUAUGAGAAGUUGGGAAUUGGAACCAAACAGUCUUUAAUGGCGGGAAAAGGAAUCCCUAAAAUCUCCAUUAUUUACUCUUAAAUGCUAAGCAUAAACAUCUCCAACUUCUUCAAAGUUCCUUACAGACCCAACAAUUUUAGCCCUAGAUUUAUUCUACUAUUUGUUUCUUCAAUGGCGUCUUCAACAAAAGUCACAGUUGAGUACGCGAAAUCCGGUCGAUCGUCAUGUAAGAAAUGCGACGAGAAGAUUCCGGCGAAAUCCGUAAGGCUGGGAUUAGUGUCAAAACAUCCUCAAGGCUUUGACCAGACAAAAUGGCAUCAUCUCGAUUGUUUCCCUUUCAGUUCUGAUUUCGUUUCCUCUGUGGAAAACAUCACUGGAUUCUCAUUGCUUCAGAACAAAGAUAAAGAAACAUUGGAGAAAUUGAUUAACACAGAGAUUGCAACUUUGCAGAAGGUUUCCGAUGCAAACUCAGAUAAGAUUGACAGAAAACAAAAGGAAACUUGUGCACAGGGAGAUUCAGAGCACGAACCGAGCAAGCAAAAGCGACUAAAGCUGUCGGCCACUGAAGAGGAACCUGUGUUGGAGAUGGCCUUCUCUAUUUCUGAUGUGAGGGACACUUAUAAGGAUGCUAUAUUGUUACCAAAGUGGAGGGCAUUUCAGACGAUUAUAUAUCUUGAACAGGAUGAUGGGCUUCAUGCUUCAAGUAAAAUUGCAGCCUUUGAUUUUGAUGGUUGUCUUGCAAAUACAAAUGUGAGAAGAGUUGGUGCAGAUGCUUGGUCUCUGAUGCAUCCUUCAAUCCCGGAGAAGCUGCAGAGCUUGUACAAUGAUGGCUAUAAGCUGGUAAUUUUUACUAAUGAAUCCAACAUUGAGCGCUGGAAGAAAAGUAGGCAGGCAGCUGUGGACUCGAAAAUUGGACGACUUGAACAAUUCAUCAAAGUUGCUGGCGUUCCAAUUCAGGUUUUCAUCGCUUGUGGCUUGAGUAAGAUCAAGCCAGAAGAUCCCUUUCGCAAGCCUAAGACCGGGAUGUGGAAUAUUAUGAAAAAGCAGUUCAAUUCUGGAGUUCCCAUAGACAUGGACCAGUCUUUCUACGUUGGUGAUGCUGCUGGCAGACAAGGUGACCAUAGUGAUGCUGAUAUUAGAUUUGCACAGGCGAUUGGUCUAAGAUUUUAUGUUCCAGAGGAAUUCUUUGAGAAGGAAACUUGACAAUGACAAUGAGAAUGAGCAUUUUGUUUCGUCUAACAUCUACUACAGUAGAAAGUAACUGUCUGAGCUAAAGUAGAAGGAACAUGCGUACAACUCUUUCCCUGCAAAGGGGUUGACAUUUGUGUAAAUAGUUCUUUCGUUAUCUACCUUGGAUUCUUAUUUAAAUUUAUCUUCCAUUU